AUGUCUAAACCGAACGUGCUUCUUAUAGGACCCGGCGGUGUUGGUACCAUUGUGGCCUACGGUAUUGAUUAUGCUGGCAAGUCGAAUCUCUCUGUGGUGGUGAGAAGAGACUACCCAAAAGUCAAGGAUCAAGGCUGGGAGAUCAACUCGUGCAACUACGGCACCAUUAAGGGCUGGAAACCGGCUGCCGUGUACGAGUCCGUGGCUGCGGCAGGCGAAGCAGGAGUUACCUACGACUACGUUGUGAUUUCCACCAAAUGUCUUCCUGACAUUGUCAAACCUGAGGUCCUCGCGGAACCUGUCAUCACUCCUGGAAAAACCGUGGUGGUUCUGGUGCAGAACGGCUUUGACUUGGGAAGGCCGUUCAUUGAGAAGUACCCAGAAAACGUCUGUCUCUCUGGAGUCUCGCAUAUUGGCUCUCACAACCAUAACGGUGUCAUUUCGCACAUCCAGCCAGACAAGGCUGUUAUCAGUGUGUUCGACAAUCCCAACCUCGACAAGGACUUCCAGGUGGAAAAGGCAAAGGAGUUCAUUUCCCUCUACAGCAACGAUAAGAACGACGUCUCUUACUUUGAGGACGCCAAAUGGUACAGAUACAGAAAGCUGGUGUACAAUGCUACGUUGAACACCGUGUGUGCUCUCACGGGCGUGGACACUGGGAGAUUGGAUCUCUCCGGCACUCUCGAGUCCGUGUCUAUUCCUGCUAUGAGAGAGGUUGUGAAGGUUGCCAAAGCCGACGGUGUCGAGCUUCCAGAGGACGUGAUCAACACUGUUGUCCACUCCGACGACGGCGACUGGUUCGAGCCGUCGAUGCGUGUGGAUGUGAAGAAGGGCAAUCCUAUUGAGCUGGAGGUGAUCCUGGGCAACUUGUUAAGGGUUGCCAGAGAGCUCAAUGUCGACACGCCUGUGCUGUCUUUGCUUUAUGAGCUUCUGAAGGCGGUCCAAUUUCGACUCAAGGAGGGACAGGGGCUGAUCUCCGUUCCUGAGGAACGCCCAAUAUCUACUAGAUACUAUAGCUAA